AUGAACAUCUUUCGGCUUGUUGGGGACAUGUCCCAUCUUUUAGCAAUAGUCCUUUUAUUGCUGAAGAUGUGGAAAACGCGCUCAUGUGCAGGUAUAUCAGGGAAAAGUCAGAUCCUGUUUGCAUUGGUGUUUUUGACCAGAUAUUUGGAUCUGUUUUCUACAUUCAUCUCCUUGUACAACUCCACCAUGAAGAUAUUCUUCAUCUCAUCCUCACUUCUGACCGUCUACUUGAUGUACUUCAAGUUUCGAGCCACCUAUGAUGCUAAUCAUGACACGUUCCGUGUUGAAUUUUUGGUGGUCCCUGUCGGCGGCCUGGCAUUUUUAGUGAAUCAUGAGUUUGCCCCUCUUGAGAUUCUGUGGACUUUUUCAAUUUAUCUGGAAUCCGUGGCCAUCCUGCCGCAGCUGUUUAUGAUGAGCAAGACUGGGGAAGCUGAAACCAUCACUUCACACUACCUGUUUGCUUUGGGAUUGUACCGAGCCUUGUACAUUUUGAACUGGAUUUACCGCUACUACUUUGAGGGAUUCUUUGACUUGAUAGCCGUAGUUGCUGGCUGUGUUCAGACCAUCUUGUACUGUGACUUCUUCUAUCUGUAUAUCACGAAAGUUUUGAAGGGCAAGAAGAUCAGUUUACCAGCGUAA